AUGCAGGUUUCAACUAAUUCUGAUUCUAGGGGCGACCAUCCUACCAACCGCCCUUGCCGCCCAGCAGGACGCGCCGGGUUCGAAAUCGCCAUCACAUGUGCCUUGACUGUCGAGGGAAACGCAAUCGAAGCACUACUCGAUGAGGAGUACGAAACCGACGGCUUCUCGUAUGGAAAAGCCUAUGGGGACACAAACACUUACACGACGGGGAAAUUGGCCAACCAGAAUGUGGUAAUUGUGUACAUGCCGGACGAUGGGAUAGCGAACGCCGCUGGGGCUGCCGCCAGCCUCAGGUCCAGCUUUGGAGGGAUCAAGAUGGCCUUGAUUGUUGGUGUUUGUGGUGGUGUCCCGAGAACCUCUGGUGGCGGAGAUAUCUUCCUCGGCGACGUGAUUAUCAGCUCCUCGGUGGUUCAGUUCGACCAUGGAAAGCAGUACCCCAAUCGGUUUUUACGAACGGAUACCCUCGGGGGAUUGAGUCGCGAGAUCGGUUCGUUUGCGAAGAAACUAUCCGGUGAUAAUGCGCAGCGAAGAAUCCAAGAUAAAACGGGUGAAUACACUGCUGCGAUCUGUGGCCGAGCAGAUUUCCGAGGCUCAGUCUGCCCAGGGCCCGACAGAGAUAUUCUAUAUCCCCCUGACUAUCGCCAUAAACAUCGACGGCAUCCCUGCGAGGUUUGCCAGAGCUGUGUGGAAGAAAAUGAUGACGUUUGUGAAGCAGCGUUGCACAGCUCCUGCCAAUCUUUGGGUUGUGACACGGAGGCGCAGAGAAGGCGCAGCCGUAUACAAUCAGCUCACAGGUCUUCUGCCAGUGAAGACGAUAUGGCCAUGGCAGAUAUCGAGAAGGCCCGAACGCCCCGUGUUUAUUUUGGUCCAAUAGCGUGCAGCAACCAAGUGAUGAAGAGUGCGCGGCACCGGGACAGCAUAGCCGAACAGCUGGGAGUGAUUGCGUUUGAGAUGGAGAGUGCUGGUACAUGGAAUUAUGUGCCUACCGUUGUAAUCAAAAGUGUGGCAGACUACGCGGACUGUCACAAAUCCAAGGACUGGCAAGGCUAUGCAGCUGUGGUCGCCGCGGCGUGUACAAAGGCUGUCCUGGAGGAAUGGAGAGCUGCAGAUGGAACACUUACUUUGCCUGACCGUGUGUCCCAGGGCCCCAGCUUUCAUUCUGUCGAAGAGGCAAUUGCCGCCUUUGAGAAGACCCAUGAAGGAGUCAGGUCGGCUCUUGAUAGGUCAAAAGGCGAGGUAGAGAGGAGCGAGAAGCACUGUAAGACUCACAGGUCCGAGAUGGAAGACAUGGACGAAGAGAUGGCAACCCUUGGUAACGCGUUUUAUGCCCUCCUUGGUGGCCCAAUUACCCGUUUUAUCACGGCAUUCGACAGUUACAUGGGAUUUCUCUUAGGUUCACUUUUCCUCUUGGGAUUGAUGGCCAAAAAGACGGAUGAGUCAUUGGGGUCACUUAUAGAGGCUGAGGGCGAAAUCAACGCCGCGAGGGUUGAGGCUGAGUUAUUAACAAAUGUGGAAUCUGAGCUUGGGCACCAAAGCUCCGAGGGCGACUAUUCCAAAGGGCAACGUUCUUUGGAUGGCAGAGCCAAUAUUGAUGUGCCCACUGCGAACACUGUCACUCAAAGCUCGGAUGUCCUGGCCAGGGGAGAUGGUCCGGACAGCAUGGAGAUACAAGCCGAGCGAGACAACAACCAAGCAACCACCAUCGCACUAGAAAGUGAAGACUCUGAGUACCUAGCUAUAUCCCGACCCGGUCAAGAGCCCUCACAGCCCAGUCUCAAACUACAGGUAGCCCGGUCAGCGAACCACGAAAAACAGCUAAGUCUACUUCAUCGCCAAGUCAACGAUCUUCGAGAGGUGUCCGACAGACUAGACAAAUCCCAAGCGGAACUCCGGACUAAGAUCAGAGAGACAAGAGAUUUACUGGAGCAAGAAAAGAAAAUGGAAUCAGAGAUAGAGAGGAAGAAAUCAGAGAUAGAGAGGAAGGAAAAGGAGGCCAAAGAACAAAGGAACAAGGGUUUGUUUGGUUGGUGCGUGAUUCUGUAA